AAGUGAGACAUCGUGAAUAGUGCGGCCAUUUAGUGGACUUAUAGGGGACCGUUUAUUUGGAGCACAACUGAAGAGCAGGAGGCCGGAAAAGCUCGCUAACCAGCUCGGCUCUGAGAUGUGAAUGGCUGUACGACAUCUUCGCUUCUCGUCAGUUGUGCAGCCCCAAAUUCAAAGUCGCCCAUGCUGGUGGCUAUUGAAACUAGCGGCCUUCUCGGCCUGUUCGGCCUGCUCGCUUGGCCGGCUGCAUGGGCUGACGAAACUCCCAUUUCGAAGGAUAUAGCAAGAUCGUCUUCCUCUGACGACUGGGCCAAGGAUCUCCUCAAAUAUGAUUUUGAAAAUCGUAUAUGGGGCUCAUCAUUUUCAAAUGAAGAGAGUCUCACAAAAGCCAAAAAGAUUGAUGAUAGCUCACAUGCGACAGACAAAGCCAAGAUACGAAAAACCAGCAUGAAGAUUGAUGCGCAUGAGCAUGCGCUUACCAACAGGAUUGGAAACCAUGAUCAGAUACCAGUGGAAUAUUCCAAAAAAGUAAACGAUUACUUUCUAAAUACACAGUGGACGUACGGGACGGCGGUAGGACUAAGUACAGAGCAAGCAGGCCAACACGUCUUGAGACCAGUAAUCAACUUACGAAAUAUUGCUCCUAUUCCGGAUCCUGACUACGAAGCUGGCCUACUAUACGAAUCAGGCUACAAAGAACCUUCCCCAAACAAUUAUAUUUACCCCGUAAAGAGUAGGACGAAGAACACAACACUGCUCACCUGGGAGCCAGGCCCGUCCCAAGCCGAUAAAGACCAGGGCUCAAUCACUUACAUCGAUAAAAGGCCACUUACGGUUUCCAGUCAUCCAAACAAAUAUAAAGAACAUCAAGGACUUGGAAAAGACCACGAGACAAACCAGCUUAACGAUGACUACGAUGCACAAGAAAUAAGGAAUAUUUUGCCGCCAAAGAAACCGAAACCUUUUCUAAGUUUUGGCAAUCUGCAUCACAAGCAAAGAUUCCCGCAUGAAAAGUUUCGACCAGGUCCUCCGAAAACUAACCACAAAAAGAACGUGUGGCGACCAAAGCCCAAGAAGCCACUGAGGCCACCUUUCCAACCCGGGAAGAAACGCCACCCGCGUCCUCCAGCAAGACCACGCAAACCGUUUCACCCGACGCGUAAACACAUUCAGAAACAGCACGCAGACAGCUCCAACGUGGUUAUUCACUUCCACGAAACCAAGAAACCGCACCGGUACCACCGUCCUCCCGCGUACGGCGGCUGGGGUGCGCUGGGCCUGUCGACGCGCCUCACACCGAUGGCUGUGGUCUGCGGCGUGCUUCUGGCGGGAACUCUGGCCGUGCUGGGGUACCUCAUCUGGCUUACACCACCGACCAUCGUCACCUACAGUAAGCGGCAGCGCGAUGACGCCGGCGCCGACCUGCUGGCAGCGCCGUUUGAGCUCCGUCAGCUCAUCGAGCUGGCCGCUCAGCUCAGCCAGGCGCUGGCGGAGGCUGAGCUGGUGACGCUGAAGCUGAGCGCAGCUGGCGAGAGUCAGAGAGAGCGCUGGCGCAGCUGUCAGCCGCUGCAGCUGUGCCGUGCACUGGUCGAGGGCGACCUCCUCCACAACCAGCCCGUCUGGAGCAGGUAUAUCCGGGCCGCGCCCUGGCUGUGGUUGUUCGGUUUGGACGAUGCCACUGCAGCACGGCUACAGGAGCUGGCUCACCACCCUGAUUUCCGGUCGUGCCAGCCGUUCUUCGAGUCAUGCGACAGGUCUUAGACACGCAGAGCGGCGCGAGGAAAGAACAAAUGGUGGCGUUUGCUGAUCUUAGCAAGUGAUGUGGUUUUCUUCAGACACGUGUAAUCAAGAGAGUGGCAUCAAAAUAGCUCGACUAAGCAAGAUAGUCGCAGGCUACGCCCAGCGUUUAAUGAGAUGGUGACGAGAUGCCAUGCAACUAUGACAAUGCUGCAAGUAAGGGAAAGCGCUAGAUUAGGUGAUUGAAUCAGUCUACUUAGCAGCAGGGAAAGAUGUGCGGCAUACUGCGACGAACCAGUUUUGAUAAAAAGCAAUGAUGGCUUUAGUUCAGUGAGCGAAUGCUCGUGCAUAUGAAUGAAAAACAGUACAAAAUUUGUUUUUUAACGGACUAUAUCGACAGCUCGUGUCGGUACGUCAGUUCAUGUUAACUCUGGCGACCGUAAAGCGCAACUAUACCGUGACAGUUUAAAUGCUGUGCUUGAAUUGGCCGGAAACUGUGUCGUGGAGUGAUAAAUUAAAUACCUAAUGUUGCUAUGUGUGCACAACCCGAACCGGAUGCAGAAUGUGCGAGAAUAGGGGAACGCUUACCUCAGCCAUGCGUCCGUAUCAGAUCAUCUGAUCUAAUCUCGCCUCAAAGUUCGACGGCUUGACAGUUCACGUCUCAACAGCUGACACGACAAUACCUCGCUGGCUAGAUUACCUGGUAUUGUGGACCUGCAACAUCUUCGUUCCCCGCUCUGCGCACCCACAGUUUCCGAGGCAUGGCGACUUGAAGUUCAUUUUGAGGCAAUGGCUGUGCAUUCAGUGAGUAUCGCCGUAUAUAUUUUGUAUACGCUGUUUUUAAUCGGCUAUAGCUUUACAAAUAAUACGACACUCGACAGAGGUCUUGAACUUGAUUGCGCAAUUCCGAUUGUAUCGAAAUAAAAAUGGCAUGCAACGUUUAAAAGCUGCUAAUAAAUC